ACUCUUGAGGGCGUGCUUCAUCUUCCUAAAUCGAGAGAGUUGUUCCUGUAUAGUCUGUGUUCACGAAACGAAGGUCAUGAAGGUGGUGAUCAGAAAUUCAGGUUUAUUAUGGCAACACUCGAGCAGAGCCAGGCCGUUUAUGAAGUUUGUCCGAGGCUGGUGCCUCUCAACCGACAACAGACUUGCUGGGAUGGCUUGAUUUGUGUCAAGGGACAAGAUCUCCAUCUGAGGAUUGAGCUGCCUGACGACAGGGACCACAGAAGAGCAAAGCUGCUUGGCGAUUGGCUGCUGAACCAGCAUCUCCGUAGUUACCGUCAUCUCAUUGGACAGCGAUUGCAGAACACGCCAGACCUGGCCACUUUUCUGAGCGAACUCAAGAAUAUCCUUGAGCACACUAUGCAACACCAGAGCGAGGCCAGCAAGUCCCAGCCUAGCGUUACCAUGGCAACACAGUGUUCCCAGGUGAUUGGUGACAUUGGGCGUCUGGGCUGGGAGAAACUAUCCAGCAUCGAUCCGUCCUUCAGUAGUCUGCAGUUGAUCUCUGAAGGACCCAAUGGCAGUAAGCAUUACAUCACGGUACACCUAGACCCCCAGCAUCCAGUUGUUGCUCCAACCUGUACCACCGAUUUGCCUGGGGAGACCUUGGAAUUACAUUGGACGCAUCAGAGCACUCUUGCAGACAUCUACACCCAGUUUGAAGAGAGUUUGGGCAAGUACAGGGAAUUCUGGGAUACCGUGGCCGAGAUUGAUGAACAGACGUGGGUUCUUGAACCGGAGAGACCGAUGCCAUCAGAUAGAUCCAGGAGAAUUGCUCUGGGUAACAACUCUUCCGUUCAAGUCACAGUUGAUCCUCUCUACCCAAAGAUGCUCCCAGAAUUCAAGUUCCUCGGUGCUGACCAUGUCAUCAAUCCUAUGCGAGACAAGUUGAAUGCCAACCUCAAGGAUUGGGACACCGGAAGGAGUCUGUUGAGCAACUUGAAGACUCUUCUAGACAUCCAGUUCCCGUCUCCCCAGUCAAGUAGUAGAGAGGAUUUCAGCGAAGAAUGCGGAAUUUGCUACUCAUACAGACUUGAGGGCGCCAUACCAGACCGUGCAUGCGACAAUCCGCAGUGCAACAAGCCUUACCAUUACAGCUGUCUAUAUGAGUGGUUGAGCUCUCUACCUUCCGGUCACCAGACUAUUUCCAAAUAUGGCUUCAAUACCAUAUUUGGCAAUUGUCCCUACUGCGAUGUGCCAAUCAAGAUCAAGAGAGAGAACAACAGGUGACCACGGACCAUUGUGACAGAUGUGCAGGUGGUUUGGAACCAAUCAACUUCUAAAUCCUAUCUGUCAUUUUCUUGCCCUGCUAGUGAAUUUUGAACUGGCUUUGAUGCUGUACUGUGAAACUAUCCUGAAUUUAAAUGUAUACUUUCAACAUUUGUGAU